AUGUCUGCCCGAUCUGACAACGCGGUCGUCAUCAUCGGCUCCGGUCCUGGAAUUGGCACCAACACAGCUGCCGUAUUUGCUGCCAAGAAAUUCAACAAAGUCGCUCUCGUUGCUAGGAAUCCUACCCAGCUUGAGAAAGAUGCAGCCUUUGUUACAAGCGCUUCUGAUGGCAAUGCCACUGUAAAAACUUAUUCAACCGACGUCCUCGAGCCUGCCAGAUUUACCACAACACUCGCCCAGAUUAGCAAGGAUCUCGGAGCGAUCGAGUUUGUCUUAUUCAACGCAGCCAUAGUCGCAGAAUCUAGCCAUAUGGAAGUCAGCGACGAUGAGCUCCUGCGUGACUUUAAGAUCUCUACCAUUGCCCUAAACAAUCUCUCCAAAUGGGUCUUCCCGCAGCUCAUGAGAUUAGCAUCUUCCGAUGCUGCAGCCAAGCCUACACUCGUUGUUACUAGCUCUCAUCUCCCCGAGGCCCCUGAGACCAACCUAGUCUCUUUGUCCAUGUCCAAAGCAGCUCAGAAAAAUUUCACUCGAUCUCUCCGUAUGGUGUAUGAGCCUAAAGGCGUUCACGUCGCUAUCUUAACCGUUGCUGGAUUUGUGAAAGAGACAAAUAAGUACCUGAAUCCCAAGAACAUCGCCGAGCAAGCUUGGAACCUGUACAGCCAGCCUAAGGAGAGUUGGACCGAAGAUAUCAGAAUCGAAGAGCCAUGA